CCUCCAGCUGUAUCGUCUUCUUCACCAAACUUGUUUUCAAGCUUUUACCGAGCAAACUUUUUACAGAGCAAAAUUCUAGCCUCUUAGGUCGUCUCUUUCACUGUAUCUUCUUUCUUUCCUCAAGAUUGGAAGAGUAAGCCAUCCAAGCCCGGAAACAAACUCUCCAUAUCAUUGCUUCUCUCUGGUCUCUGCCAUCCGAACUCAACAAUCUUGUAUUCUUGGUUUAUCUGAAACAUGAAGCAGAAAAAAUGAGAUAAAAAUACUAUAAUAUUGAAGUUUCUUCCAGAAUUGAAGUCCAUCAGUGUUACGUAAAAUGGAGAAUAAAACAAUGAAAGAUUCUGAAUCGAUCAAUUCAAAUCGGAGGGGUAACAGUAGCCAGAAGAGGGAAAGGGGCUUGCAGAUUGAAGGAUACUCAAUAGAAGGGUUAUCAAUAGCAGGUCAUGAGACGUGCAUAAUAGUUCCCUCACUUAACUUAGCCUUUGAUAUUGGCAAGUGCCCUCAGCGUGCCAUCUCCCAGCAAUUCCUUUUCAUCUCUCAUGGCCACAUGGACCACAUAGGAGGACUACCUAUGUAUGUUGCAACUCGUUCCCUUUACAGAAUGCAACCUCCUACUAUUAUUGUACCAAAAGUUAUCAAAGAAAGUGUCGAGAAGCUUUUUGAAGCUCACCGAUCUAUGGAUCACUCAGAAUUGAACCAUACUUUGAUUGGUUUGGACGUGGGAGAAGAAUUCUACUUGAGGAAGGAUCUUAAAGUUAGAGCAUUUAAGACUUAUCAUGUCAUUCCUAGCCAGGGUUAUAUAGUAUAUUCAGUGAAGCAGAAGCUUAAGCAAGAAUAUGUUGGCCUUCUAGGAGAUGAGAUUAAGAAGUUAAAGUUAUCAGGUGUGGAGAUCACAUACACUACAACAGCACCGGAAAUUGCAUUUACAGGAGAUACUAUGUCAGACUUCAUUAAGGAUUCCGAAAAUGUUGAUGUUUUGAGGGCAAAAAUCCUCAUAAUGGAGCUAUUUUUAUCUCCCUUGAAAGAAACUAUUUUCAUGAGCACUUAUGUGGAGGACAAAACAACAGCUGAUAACGCAAGAGAAUAUGGACAUACUCAUCUGUCUGAGAUUAUUGAUUUGGCAGACAGAUUUCAGAACAAAGCAAUCCUUUUAAUCCACUUUUCGGCCCGCUAUCAGUUGGAUGUAAUUCAGGAGGCUAUUUCUGCAAUACCUCCGCCUUUGGCAGGAAGAGUUUUUGCACUGACAGAAGGUUUUUGAUGCAAAGGCCAAAUCCACGCAUCAGCUACUUUAGAAUCGCUCCCGUAUUCUUUGGGCAGUUCCUUUUUCUUUUUCACUCUUAUCAUUUGGUUGAUUGCGUGAAGAGCACUAAUUGCAAAGGAAAAUUUUGCUAUGAAAGUUAUCUAGAUAUAGUUUAAAAUUGAGCCUGAUCCAGCUCAAUCUUAUCUUUAUAAUGCCCCUUCAGGGACAUCCAAUAGAAUUGGGGGAAAAUUUCUGAUUUGAAUUUAACCGUAUUUGGUGAAAUUGAAUAUUUUCCUUUCAGUA